AUGGCGGACACAAAAGUAUACCGCGCGAGCACGACUGCUCCGGUCAACAUUGCCGUUGUCAAAUACUGGGGCAAGCGGGAUGCCAAGCUCAACCUGCCGACCAACUCGUCGCUGUCGGUGACGCUCUCACAGUCGGACCUGCGCACGCUCACGACAGCAUCGACGUCGAGCCUGUUUGCCGGCCAGGACGGCGACACGCUGCUGCUCAACGGCGAGCAGUCGGACGUGUCCGGGGCGCGCACGCAGGCAUGUUUCCGUGCGCUGCGGUCGCGCCGUGCAGCCCUCGAGGCAGCCGAUCCAUCGCUGCCGAAGCUUUCGACAUAUCCACUGCGCGUAGUGAGCGAAAACAACUUCCCUACGGCAGCCGGGCUGGCAUCAUCGGCAGCCGGGUUUGCGGCGCUGGUGCGGGCCAUUGCGGACCUCUACGAGCUCCCGGACACGCCGUCGCAGCUCAGCCUGAUUGCGCGCCAGGGCUCCGGCUCGGCUUGUCGCAGCGUCUUUGGCGGCUACGUGGCCUGGCGCAUGGGCGAGGCGGUCGACGGCAGCGACUCGCUGGCCGAACAGGUGGCACCGGCCUCGGCCUGGCCGGAUAUGCGUGCCCUCAUCCUGGUCGUAUCGGCGGCCAAGAAGGGCGUCUCGUCGUCGUCGGGCAUGCAGCAGACCGUCGCCACGUCCGGCCUGUUCAAGCAGCGCGUCGCCGAGGUCGUGUCCGGUCACAUGGCCAAGAUGGAACAGGCCAUUGCUGACCGCGAUUUUGCUGCCUUUGCCGAAGUCACCAUGCGCGACUCCAACUCGUUCCACGCCACCUGCGCCGACACGUACCCGCCCAUCUUCUACAUGAACGACGUCUCGCGCGCGGCCGUGCGCGCGGUCGAGGCCAUCAACGCCAAGGCCGGCCGCGUCGUGGCUGCCUACACCUUUGACGCUGGCCCGAACGCUGUCGUCUACUACCUCGAGCAGGAUGCCGACGUCGUGCUGGCCACGUUUGCCGGCAUCCUCGGCGCCGUCGACGGCUGGAAGAACGGGCUGCCCAGCACGGCUCAGGCCACCGAGCUCGAUGCCACCGUGGCCAGCACCCUGAAGACGGGCGUCAGCAGGGUCAUCUCGACCGGCGUUGGCGAGGGCCCGAUGAAGACGGACCAGUACCUCGUCGGCGAAGACGGGCAGCCGUACCCUGCCUGGUCGCUAAUAGCAGGUGUUCAGAGGGGUCCUGACCCCCACGCAAUCGGCUUCUCCGCGACGCGUCUUUGCGACGCAGCACGAUCGAGAAGCACGCACGGCAUCCCGCGACCGAGAGAGGCGACGAUGGUCCAGCAGACCAAGAAGGCGGCAGCCUCGACGGGGUCGUCGUCCAAGCGGCCGGUCGAUGAGCACGACCCGUCCAUCUCGCCACCGCCGACAAAGCGCAAGAUCCAGAGCAGAACGUCUAAAAGUGCCGUAGCCAGCUUCUUCACGCCGGCGUCGCAGAAGCCCAAAGACCGCGUCGUGUGGGCCGAGCGGGCGCCUCGCCGCGGUGCCGCCACAACGCUCCUCGUUGCUCGCUACGAGCCUGUUGCCAAGACUGGUAGCGAGUCGACGUCGGUCCCGACAAAGACGAAGAUUGCCGCGUUUGAUCUGGACGACACGCUCAUCACGACGGCCUCGGGCAAGAAGCACGGCGGCGACGCAGCCGACUGGAAGUGGUGGCACAGCUCCAUUCCCGAGCGCCUGAGAGCACUGCACCAAGAGGGCUACCGGCUCGCCAUCUUCUCCAACCAGGGCGGCAUCGUGCUGCACCCCGACGAGGCCGCCGCCAAGAAGACGGGCAAGAACAACGCGGCCACGGCGCGGGCUCGGCUGGCUGACUUUCGCCAAAAGUGCGGCGCCGUGCUCGCCCAGCUGGACCUGCCCGUGCUGCUGUACGCCGCCACCGGCAAGGACCACUUCCGCAAGCCGCGAGCCGGCAUGUGGCGCGAGAUGACAGACGACCUGGGGGGUUCUGGGAAGGGCCAUGCUGGUGACAGCGACAGCAACAGCGUCUCCUUCAUUACCAUCGAUCUCGACGCUAGCUUCUAUGUCGGCGAUGCAGCUGGUCGUCCGGCCGUUGCCAAAGAUGCCAGCCCAAACGGUCGGGCCAUUGCCAAGGACUUCAGUUGCAGCGACCGCAAUUUUGCCAGCAACGUCAGCAUCGCUUUCCACACGCCCGACGAGUACUUCAACGGCGAGGCCCCGCGCCCGUUUGCCCGCUCCUUUGACCCCAAGGCACACCCGUUUGCCGCUGACGGCACCGCUGGCACCAACGGCUUCGCCCAAGCCGCUGCCCGAGAGCUCCUCGUCUUCUGCGGUCCACCUGCCGCCGGCAAGAGCUCCUUCUUUCGCGACUGUCUGGAUCCUUUGGGCUACCAGCGCGUCAACCAGGAUACGCUCAAGACAAAGGAAAAGUGCCUCAAGGCAGCCACCUCUUUGCUCCAGGACGGCUCUUCUGUCGCUAUAGACAACACCAACGCCGACCCGGCCACACGUGCGAUCUGGGUCGCCCUCGCGGCCAAGCACAAUGUCCCUGUCCGCUGCCUUUGGUUCCGCACCGACAUGGCUAUAUGCGAGCACAAUGACGCUGUCAGGGCACUGAACGACACUAUGAACCCCGAACGCCGCGAGGCCCUGCCGCGCAUCGCCUUCAACGGCUUCUCUGCCCGCUUCCGGGAGCCAAGCACUACCGAAGGCUUCGCCGAGAUCGUCGAGCUGCCCUUCAGCUUCCGCGGCUCUGCCGAUCAGUACACCGUCUGGGGACGCUACUGGACAUGA